AUGCUUGACCCAUCUCGUCCAUUCAACACCACUCACAUCCCUCACCCUCCCGUCCACGCCUUCCCUGCUACCCCCCUCCAUUUUCAGCCUCCUGACGUCUCUCGAGCUCGAAUCGCCAUUCACCUGUCAUCCCAUCAUCAGCUUCCAAUUGAAUCACACCCCCUCGACUCCCCGUUCGCCGUCGCCCCAUCAUCUACCGCCAUCGUACUCACGCGCCCCUCCCUCCCGUCCAUGCCUUCCCUGCAACCCCCCUCCAUUUUCAUGCUUCUGACGUCUCUCAAGCUCGACUCCCCGUUCGCCCGUCGUCCCAUCGUCAACUUCCGAUUGAAUCACACCCCGUUCCCAUUCCUGUAUGCCUUCCCUUCUCCCUUCGCCCUUCCUUUCAGCCUCCUGACGUCUCUCGAGCUCGACUCUCCAUUCGCCCGUCGCCCCAUCUUCUACCAAAGCCGUACUCACGCGCCCCUCCCUCCCAUCCACCUCUUCCCCGCUCUCCACUCACUCUCUCUCCUCAUUUAUGCCUCAAAACUCACCCCCCUCACUCGCUGCUCCUCCCUUACCUCCCUCACGGCACCUCUUACCGCCUGUUCAGUGCCCAGGGUUUCCGCUCCCUCCUCCACCUCUCCGCACCCCGCUCGAACGCACUAG